AAACCAUAUAAAAGAAGCCAGAGAGAUCAUGUCAGUUGGAGUGAAGGCGACUGAAUGACGUUUAACUUGGAAGAUGAAGUCUACCAUUUUACUGUUUGUUUCUCUGUUCUGUGGCCUGACUUUGGCCCAAGUUAAUACUACUGAAACAGAAAGAAAUAGGACACCAAGGCCAUGCUUUCCUGACAUGUGUGAUGUCCUGGAACAGAUAGGUGCCCUGCAACAAAAACUCAGCUCUGUAGAAGCCAGACUGGAAAACAGUGAAACCAGAUUGGCUGACAGUGAAACCCAGAUUCAGGAACUGAAGAACAAAGCUAUAACCAAGGUGAUGUUCAGCGCAGCAACAGGAGGAGGAGAUUCAACCAUUGGACCCUUCGACACAGACACAACUCUAAUCUUCACAAGAGUGAUAACGAACAUCGGUGACGCCUAUAGUCCAUCCACAGGUAUCUUCUAUGCACCUGUUGCAGGUGAUUAUUAUUUUACUAUCUUCUAUCAUGCUGGAGGAGAAAAAGAGGCAAAGCUGUUCCUGUGCAAGAACGAUGACUUAGUGGUCAAGACCAGUGAUCACAUCACACAAUCUGACGGUGCUGAUAACGGAGGAAACGCAGUAUUCCUGCGGCUGCAGCAAAGAGACCAGGUGUAUGUGCGCAUGGCUAAAAACUCCCAUGUUUGGGGAUCUGACUUCCACACAACCUUCAGUGGUUUUCUGGUCAGUCAAUUGUGAGAAUCAACGUAUAUCUCGUAAAUCUAUUCAUUUCUGUGUGAAGAUGGAUGUAAACAUCUCAUAGCAUUACAUUAUUGCCAUUGCAUUUUGAAAUGAUGAUG